GCCCCGGCCUGUGAGCACCUGAACGCAGCACGGCAGGUCAGCCAACAUGGCGGCGCCCCUUCCCGGCAUGUUGCCCGGCAGAUGCGCCUUCUUCGUGGAGAAAAAGAAACGUUUCUGUAAAAUGAUCGUCGGAAAGGGGAAAACUUUCUGCGGAGAACACGCGACCAUGGAGGAAGGAAGCAGCAGCAGCAGGAGGAUCGUCUGUCCGCUCGACCCCAAACACACUGUGGAUGAAGACAAACUGGACAAACACCUGAAGAAAUGUAACUCCAGACAGAAACCAAAACCUGCUUAUUAUGUCGAAAACAUAAAUGCAGGAUCAGCUGAUGGAGACGAGACGCUCCAACAGGUGUGUCUAUGUGAGCGCAGCAGGACACAGUUACAGUCUCUGGUGGACAAAUUGAAGACUGCAGCGACAGGACUGCAGUGUGAUGUGGAGGACAGCGUCCUGUCUCACCCCGCCCUCCAGGAGGAACUCAACAACCCAAAGAACGGAGACUCCGCCCUAAAACACCUGAAGCAGCAGUCCUCUAUCUUAGGUCACCUGGAGGCGCUGGGGCUGCUGGGAAGGGGGCGGAGCUUUGUGGAGUUCGGAGCAGGUCGAGGGAAACUGUCUCACUGGAUCCACGAGGCCCUGAAGACCUCCGAGCACCUGAACACCUGCGACGACUUGCUGCUGCUGCUGGUGGAGCGCUGCAGCACUCGCUUCAAGGUGGACGGGAAACAUCAGGAUGCUGGAGUUGAGUUUGAGAGGCUGCAGGUCGACAUUCAACAUCUGGAUUUAAGUAAAGUUCCUCAGAUCAAACACAAGAAGCUGCCGCUGGUCGGAGUUGGGAAGCAUCUAUGUGGAGCAGCGACAGAUCUCGCUCUGCGCUGUUUGUUAGAAACACCAGAACCCAGAGAGACUGAACCGCCUCCCAAACGCCUCAAACCCUCAGAAGAGCAUUCAGGUCUGGAUCCCGGUCCGGUUCAGGGUCCUGGUCCGGUUCAGGGCGUGGCGGUGGCUCUCUGCUGUCACCACCGCUGUGAGUGGCGUCACUACGUGGGUCAGCAGUUCUUCCUGCAGCGAGGACUCGGAGCUGCAGAGUUCUCGGCUUUCUGUCGGAUGUCCAGCUGGGCAACAUGUGGCCUCAGACCGACCAAUCAGGACCGUCCGCCCGGGGAUCCGACCAAUCAGAGGGGAGACGACGAAGAGCACGAACCAACAGAGGAGACGGACGCAGUGAACGGGUUUCUGUCAGCAGACGAACGUCAGCAGGUCGGUCGUCUCUGUAAACUUCUGAUCGACUGCGGCAGACUUCACUUCCUGCAGAAUAAAGGAUUCAACGGCAAACUGACGCGCUACAUCAGCAGUGACAUCACUCUGGAGAACAUCCUGCUGAUCGCCGUCCCCGCCCCCGCCUCUGCCUCCACAUCUGUCUCCUCCUGAAGGACAGACUGCAGAUCUUCACUGUCUCCACAGACGAAACAGAAAUCAAACUGCUUUUGUUUUUAAGUAAAAGUCUUUUUAUUUGGUUCAUUUAAGAUGAAAAUCAUCAGACUGAUGUUAAAAUGUUGUGUAAAGUUUGUAUUAAAGCAUCUUCAGUUUCUUAUCUAAA